GUCGAGAUUCUCACAAUUGGCACGCCAUCUCGCUCGUCCUCUUCCCAAUCACGCUCAUACGUCUGCUGCAGCAAUUUCCAGUGCUGCCAGGGGAGUCAUGACGUCAAGUACCGCAGAUGAGAGGAACUCAAGGACAAUCCAUACGGCAGCAUGUCUGAUUAUUGGAGAUGAAGUUUUGGGUGGGAAGACCGUAGAUACGAAUUCUGCAUAUAUGGCCAAAUUCUGCUUCGGAUUGGGAAUGCCCCUGAAACGAAUCGAGGUCAUUGCAGACGACGAGGACGAAAUUAUUGAAGCAGUCCGCCGCAUGAGCAACAACUACGAUUUCGUGGUUACAAGUGGAGGCAUUGGGCCAACGCACGACGACAUCACCUACCAAUCGAUAGCCAAAGCCUUUGGGCUCAAACUCAAGGUUCACCAAGAAGCUUAUGAACGCAUGAAGAAACUGUCAAAACCACAUCCUUCACAACCAAAUUUCUCAUGGGACGAAGAUACGCCAGCACGAACAGCCAAGAUGCGAAUGAUCGAACUUCCCCUAGAUGAGACUCGAGAUUUAAAGAAGCAGGUUAUAUUUCCGCAUGAGGAUUUGUGGGUACCGGUCGCUUGUAUAAAUGGUAAUGUCCAUGUCUUGCCUGGUGUGCCAAGGUUAUUUGAAAGAUUGCUCGACGGAAUGAAGCCAAUUUUGACACCACGAUUGAGCGACCCUGAAGGAAAGGGCAUUCAUAGGAUACUGAUUUCGACCCCGCAGGCGGAGAGCGAGGUUGCGCCGUAUUUGGCUGAACUUGCGGCCCGGGUGGAGCCUAAAGGAGUGAAGGUCGGCAGUUAUCCAAGGUGGGGCAAGGAAAGAAAUACCGUUACUCUAGUUGGAAGAGAUCAAGAUUUCCUAGAAAGCUUAGUCGCCGAAGUGGAGAAGAACGUUGAUGGUCGUCGGGUGACAGUAGAAGGAGAGGACGAUGUUGAAGAGACGAAAACAGCUGGUCAAUGAGUGUGGCUUAGCCGAGUUUUCUUGUCCCCCGAGAGAUCUCGAACAUCAUGUCUAGUUCCUGGAUUCUCUCUGGCUCGAGAUGCCCUCUCUCUUCUACCUUCGGCCUUGUCCACUGUAUAGAG